GUUCAUCUGGGUUGGGAAUUGAGAAUUGAGAUUGUCUGUUUUACCAAAAUUGCCGGCAAAAGGAAAACCCAAACUUUGUAUGUGUGGGAGAAGUCCAUUCUUCAAGAAAGUCGGUGCAUUUCACUAAUUUUCACCUCCCUGGUAACGGUAAAUCUACACGGUGAGGUGAAAGCGGGGGAAGGAAGGAACGCUAAACUGAAGAAACGGCGGCGGUGAAUUGAAACUGACCGGGAAAUCAUCUCCUUCAACCUGAUUUAGACUAGCGGGGAUUGAUUGAUUGAUUACUUAUGGGUUUCAUCUCGAGGAGGAUGAAUUGAUUUACACUUGAUUACUUGUUGAUUUUAGUGGAAUAGAGAAGGCGAUCAGCAAUAAUAGCGAGAAAAGAAACCUACUUUCUGAGUUGGGUAAAGGUUACAUAUGUCGUGAUCUUCGUUGAACUCGAGAAAUCUGGGGAAGUUAAAUCUGGCAAACGUGGAGGGGUUAAGGGCUAGAUCGUCUUUGAGGCAAGAGUUCUCUAACUCUGUCGAUGGCGAGGAUUGCCGGCCGUGGCGACGCCGGCUUUUCUCGUCGAUGCAGAUUCCCUCUGCCUCUCGAGCCAUCCUUUUCUUCUUUCUCUUUGGUACCAUUGUUGUCGCCUUCAUUACAUUACCUGUUGAAAAGAUAUUGAAGACCUUCUUGCUAUGGGUGAAACAGGAUCUUGGACCUUGGGGGCCCCUUGUGUUAGCUGUUGCAUAUAUUCCACUAACAGUCUUGGCAGUUCCAGCUUCUGUUCUCACUCUUGGAGGUGGCUAUCUCUUUGGUUUGCCAGUAGGAUUUUUUGCUGAUUCCAUUGGUGCUACCUUAGGUGCAACAGCUGCAUUUCUUCUUGGAAAAACAAUUGGAAGAUCUUAUGUCAUAUCCAAGUUGAAGAAUUAUCCAAAGUUUCAAGCCGUUGCUUUUGCAAUUCAAAGAUCCGGCUUCAAGAUUGUUUUGCUGCUUCGGCUUGUUCCCCUUCUUCCAUUCAACAUGUUAAAUUAUCUUCUUUCAGUGACCCCUAUUCGUCUAGGGGAGUACAUCUUUGCUACUUGGUUGGGAAUGAUGCCAAUAACAUUCGCACUGGUCUAUGUUGGAACUACUCUGAAGGAUCUUUCUGAUGUCACGCAUGGAUGGGGUGAGAUUUCUACAACUCGAUGGGUUUUAAUUGCAUGUGGCUUUUUAUUAUCGGCAAUUGUGAUAUUGUACUUAACCAGAAUAGCAAGGGCUUCUUUGGAGAAGGCAUUAGCUGAGAAUGGUGAUAAUAUUGACGAUGAUGGUACCUUUGUUUCAACACGACUCCCAAUUGUUGGGGAACCGCCACCACCUCCACCUCCGGAUCUUCAUGAGCCACUUGUAAUCAGGAUAGAAUCACAUCAACAAGACCAUACUUUGUAGUAGUAAUAAACUCCCUUUUUCUUUUCUUUUUUUGCUCAACUUUACAAUUUGAAUACUUACCUUUGAUUUGAAGGGAUAUAAAAUUGUAGAUCACAGAGGAAUACUUCAAUGACAGAAACUCCCCACCACUUUUUCAUGUAAA